AUGUUACGUUCGACCUCCUCCUUUUUCAAGGCUUUUAGGGGAGGUCGACCGUCAUCACCUCCUCCUAUCCCUUAUCCACACAAUCGACGAAACUCCUUCCAAUCCGGCUCCAGCUCCAGCUCCACCUCCAAUAUGGGGCUACCACUCAUAACGUUUUUGAUCGUCGGACUUUUGUUUCUGAUAUCGUUAUUCUCUCAUCCUGAUACAUCGACACAUCAUAAAUUUCAAAUGCCAGCUUUAUUACCUUCCAAACCCCCCUCAUUACAUAUAUCCGAUCCUAUCCUCGCUUCAAGGAUCAACACCACUUAUGCAGCUUAUCUGGAACAAUGUCCCAAUGGGCCUCAACCGAUAUAUCUUGAUCCAUCUCUCACACCGAUUGAACAAGAACGUUAUUCUCCUCUGAAAGCAAAAUCAAAAGGUCGUUACUUGUUAGUCACCAAUACUAGACAAAUAGAAGAUCAUCUUCCAGAUAUCUUGAAUUCAAUAAUCGUCCUCACUACCUUCUUAGGUGCAUCGCAUAUCUCCUUAUCGAUUUUAGAAGGUCCAUCAGAUGAUUGUACGCCUAAAGUGAUAAAUUCAGUUUUAUUACGUUUACUACAUUCAUUGGGAAUAUCGCCUUCGUACAUCAAUGUCUCGACGGACGAACCCAAGAUAGACUGGAACCAACACAACAGGAUUGAGAAGAUAUCAGAAUUGAGAAAUAGGGCGCUAUCACCUUUAUGGGAAAAGGGAUGGGGGGAGGAAACGCAAGCAGUAGUAUUCUUCAAUGAUGUUUAUAUGCACGCAAGGGAUAUUUUGGAAUUGCUUUUUCAGCAUGAUAAGAAUGGAGCGGAUAUAACUACCGGAAUGGAUUGGUGGAAGAAACGACCGGAAUACUAUUAUGAUAUAUGGGUGGGAAGAACUAUCGAUACAGGAGACUUGUUCUAUCCUAUAGACUACACGUGGUGGUCACCUUCUUCCAACCUUUUUCCCAACUCGCCAAAAUCCAGAAUAGCAUAUGAAAACCUACAACCGUUUCAAGUGUUUUCAUCUUGGAACGCAUUAGCUAUCUUAUCUCCUAAACCUUUCUUACCACCUUACAACGUACGAUUCCGAAGUGGAAACAAAGAAAAAGGUGAAUGUGCUGCGAGUGAAUGUACGUUGAUCGCAUCGGAUUUUUGGAAAAUUGGUUUUGGGAAAGUUCAAGUUGUCCCUUCUGUUCAAUUCGCUUAUGAAAGAGAUGUAGCGCUGGAUAUAGUUGAAGACUUGGAGAAGCAGAAAAGACUACUUGCCUGGAAAGAUGGGAAACCGCCUCAAAAGCUGGAUAGUCCGAUUGAGUGGUUGAGCAAACCACCCGAAAAAGUUAGAUGCCAUCCGUGGCCCGAAGUCAACGGGUUGAGUGCAAACGUAUGGGAAGAAACUAGAUGGGUACCACCUUGGCUGAACUGA